GCUCAACUAAUCUAAACACCAAAACAACGUUCCUUUGGAAGACGAUACCAGAGGCCUAGAUCUAAGUCAUCUAACAAUACAACUAAUCUAGCUCCAACCCUCUUACUCUCCCUCUCCAUUUCUCAGAUUUUGGCAGUAUGUUAUGCAGGUGUACAGUAUUGACUUUUGAGAUGUUGACUGUGGUCGGAAACAACAGAAAUAAUUUUUUCAUUUUAGCUGUAGAUGUACUAUGCAUCGAUGCACUGAAUCCGAUUGUCUUUAAACUGAUUCAUGUCCUUCCCUCUUUUACCCUCUUCCUUUUGGCAAUUUCUGAAGAUACUGAGAAGGAAGGCAGCAGGGGUUGUAUAGGGUGCAAUGGAUUUCGAGAGGGAAAAUUUUGAUCUCUCAGGACCCUUGCAUUUGACUUGUGUCCAAUGGGAUAACGCGCAUCAUCGAAUGUCAGUUGCUGCUAGUUUGGUCCAAGCUGUUUACAUUCUAGAAAGGGACCGGCAAGAAAAACGCAAAGAUCAAAAUGCUCUUGCACCGCCUUGGUGGGCAUUCUUCCACUUUCAGUUGCUUCGUCCACUUGUAGAUGAUGUUGAUUCUUCCAUCUUUGGUGCAAUCUUUGAGUUCAAACCUCCAUUGUCUCCACGUAAUGACACUUUAUACCGAAGUCCACGUUAUGUGAUUGCCUUUCGUGGUACUCUAACCAAACAGCACUCGGUUUCACGUGACAUUGAGCUGGAUAUCCACUUUAUCCAACAAGGUCUUCAUCAAACUUCUCGCUCUACCAUAGCUCUGAAUGCUGUUCGAAAUAUGGUAGCAACUGUAGGUGAUUCGAAUGUUUGGUUGGCUGGACAUUCCUUAGGAUCAGCAAUGGCAUUGCUUACUGGCAAAACCUUGGCUCAGACGGGCACGUUUGUUGAAUCUUUUCUUUUCAACCCACCCUUUGUAUCUGCUCCAAUAGAGAGAAUUAAGGAUGAGAGAGUGAAACAUGGGAUUCGAUUUGCUGGCAGUGUGAUAACAGCUGGACUCACCCUAGCCAUGAAAGCCAAGCAGCAGCAGCAGCAGCCGCCGCCGCCGCCGCAGCAGCUGCAACAGGGCAAGCAGCCGCAGCAGCAGAAGGAUCUGUGUGUUGCAUCAUUUGAUGCUUUGGCUGCUUGGGUCCCAGGUUUAUUUGUGAAUCCAUCGGACCAUAUAUGCUCAGAGUAUAUUGGAUACUUCGAGCACAGAAGAAAGAUGGAGGAAAUUGGAGCCGGAUUCAUUGAAAGGUUAGCGACUCAAAACUCGCUUGGUGGAUUAGUGAUGAGUGCGUUUGGGAAGGAAUCUGAAGCCCUGCACCUCAUUCCUUCGGCUUCUAUGACAGUUAAUGUUAUGCCUGCACGUGAUUUCCGAGAAGCCCAUGGGAUUCACCAAUGGUGGCAACCUGAUUUGCGCCUCGAACGCAAGCUGUACAAAUACAAGUAGUUCCACGCUGUUUCUUCUGCAUUUACAUGAAAGGACAGAUGAAAUUCUUUUCGCAUAUGCGCAAUGUUUAACUGUUCAUUUGAACUUUUGUUUCGUAAAUACAUGUAGAGUGCUUGUGAACGAAUUAGCAAAUUAUAUAAUUCAAUUUAGUUACACUGUCUAGAA